GGCCGCGGCGCCCGGGGAGCCAUGGGCACCGCUUCCUCUCUGGUCCGGCCCGCGGGCGGAGAGGUGUUCGAGGACACGUACGGGGCGGGCGGCGGCGAGGCGUGCGAGAUCCCCGUGGAGGUGAAGCCCAAGGCCCGCCUGCUGCGCGGCUCGCUGCGCCGGGGCGCUGGCUCCGGGCCCGGGGCGCAGGCGCGCGGCGCGGGCGGCGGCGGCGGCCUGCUGGGGGCGAGCUUCAGGUCGACCGGCUCGUCGGUGCCCGAGCUGGAGUACGCGGCGGCCGAGUGCGAGCGGCUCAGGAAGGAGUACGAGAUCUUCCGGGUGAGCAAGACCCAGGAGCUGCUGUCCAUGGGCCGCCGCGAGGCCAAGCUGGACACGGAGAACAAGCGGCUGCGGGCCGAGCUGCAGGCACUUCAGAAAACUUACCAGAAAAUACUUCGGGAAAAAGAAAGUGCUUUGGAAGCAAAAUGCCAAGCAAUGGAGAGAGCUGCUACAUUUGAACAGGACAGAGACAAAGUGAAGAGGCAGUUCAAGAUUUUUAGGGAGACCAAAGAAAAUGAAAUUCAGGACUUGCUGAGGGCCAAGCGAGAUCUGGAAAGCAAGCUUCAGCGGCUGCAGGCUCAGGGGAUCCAAGUGUUUGAGCCCGGGGAGUCGGACUCCGACGACAACUGCACAGAUGUGACCGCUGCUGGGACCCAGUGUGACUCCUGGAGUGGCGGGGCCCUGGGCAGCGAGCCCUCCCUGGGCAGUAUGAUCCAGCUCCAGCAGUCCUUCCGAGGCCCCGAGUUUGCCCACAGCUCCAUCGAUGUGGAAGGCCCCUUUGCAAAUGUCAACAGAGAUGACUGGGACGUUGCCGUGGCUAGUCUGUUACAGGUCACACCCUUGUUUCCACACUCCCUGUGGAGUAACACAGUCAGAUGUUACCUCAUCUACACAGAUGAGACCCAGGCCGAGAUGGAGCUCUUCCUUCAGGACUGUUCACCUAAACUUAAAAGAAUGUGUGAGACAAUGGGAUAUUUUUUCCAUGCUGUUUAUUUUCCAAUAGAUGUUGAAAAUCAAUUCCUCACAGUGAGAAAACGGGAGAUUGAGAAGAGUUCAUUAGUGAUUUUAUUCGUUCACUUAACUUUACCAAGCCCUUUACUGGAAGACUGUGAAGAGGCUUUUCUGAAAAACUCUGAAGGAAAACCACGCCUGAUUUAUCAUCGUUUGAAGGAGGGGAAAGUCACUUCUGACUCUGUCCAGCAACUGCUUGACCAAGUUUCCAGUGUAAGCAAGACCAGCAAAGCUAAGGUCAUUGAUCACCAAGGGGAUCCUGCAGAUGGAGUCCAUGAAACUUACAUUUGUGUGGAAAAAAUUAUUAAACAGGACAUACUGGGGCUCGAGAACACAGAGCUGGAAUGUAAGGAUCUGGGCAGCGGAGAGGCCGUCCCCGAAAAGGCUGACUUUGGUGAUGUGCUGUGGGACAUACAUGACGAGCAAGAGCAAAUGGAAGCGUUCCAGCAAGCCUCGGAUUCCGCCCGGGAUCUGGGAUUUGAGAAGUAUUAUCAGCGCCUGAAUGACUUGGUCGUGGCGGCAGCCCCGAUCCCGCCCCUGCUGGUGUCUGGAGGACCAGGUUCUGGCAAGUCCCUGCUUCUGUCCAAGUGGAUUCAGCUGCAGCAGCAGAAUUCCCCUCACACGCUGAUCCUGUCUCACUUUGUGGGGAGGCCCAUGUCCACCAGCUCCGAAUCCUCCUUGAUCAUUAAACGACUCACUCUGAAGUUGAUGCAGCACUCUUGGGCAGCAUCCGCACUCACGCUGGAUCCUGCGAAGCUCCUGGAAGAGUUUCCACGUUGGUUAGAAAAGCUCUCCGCUCGUCAUCAAGGCAUCAUCAUCAUCAUCAUCGACUCUAUAGACCAAGUUCAGCAAGUUGAAAAGCACAUGAAGUGGCUGCUGGAUCCCCUGCCGGUGAACGUGAGGGUCAUCGUGUCUGUGAACGUGGAAACCUGCCCUACAGCCUGGAGGCUGUGGCCUACACUUCAUCUUGAUCCUUUAAAUUCAAAAGAUGCAAAAUCUAUUAUAAUUGCAGAGUGCCACUCUGUAGACAUUCAGUUGGAUAAAGAGCAGGAGAAGAAGCUAGAACGACACUGUCGCUCGGCUGCAACCUGCAAUGCCCUUUAUGUCACGCUUUUCGGCAAAAUGGUUGCGCGCAGUGCUGGGAAGGCAGGCCACUUAGACGCGACCCUGCAUCAGUGUCUCCAGUGCCAAGACACCGCGUCACUGUACAGACUUGUUCUGCGCUCUGUCCGCGAGUCGGUGGCCACCGACGGAGGCCGGGAGCUGAUGACGCAGAUUCUCUGCCUCGUCGGCGUCAGUCACGAUGGUGUGAGCGAGUCGGAACUCCUGGAGCUGUACCCGCAGCUCUCCGCGGCUCUGCUCGCCUCCCUCGUUCACAGUCUGCACAAGAUGUGCGUGCUGACUUACGGCUGCGGCUUGCUCAGGUUUCAGAACCUCCAGGCUUGGGAGACGGUGAGGCAGGAGUACCUGGAGGGGCCGGCGCUCGUCCCCGCCUACCGGCAGAAGCUGAUCCACUACUUCAGCUCGCAGCUCAGUCAGGACAGGGUCACUUGGAGAAGUGCCGACGAGCUCCCCUGGCUUUUUCAGCAGCAGGGAAACAAGCAGCAGCUACAUGAUUGCCUGCUCAAUCUCUUCGUGUCUCAAAAUCUUUAUAAGAGAGGCCACUUUGCUGAGUUGCUGAGUUACUGGCAGUUUGUCGGCAAAGACAAAAGCGCGAUGGCGACUGAGUACUUUGACUCCUUGAAGCAGUACGAGAAAAGCUGUGAUGGCGAGCAGAACAUGGUUUGCUUGGCUGAUCUCUACGAAACCCUGGGGCUGUUUCUGAAGGACCUAGGCCUGCUCAGUCAGGCUGUGGUGCCUCUGCAGAGGUCUCUAGAAAUUCGAGAAACAGCUUUAGAUCCAGAUCAUCCAAGAGUAGCCCAGUCCCUCCACCAACUAGCAAGUGUGUACGUGCAGUGGAAGAAGUUUGACAACGCAGAGCAGCUAUACAAACAGGCCCUGGAAAUCUCAGAAAAUGCCUAUGGUGCAGACCAUCCUCACACCGCUCGUGAACUGGAGGCCCUUGCCACUUUGUACCAGAAACAAAAUAAGUAUGAACAAGCUGAACAUUUUAGGAAAAAGUCCUUUAAAAUCCGGCAGAAAGCUACAAGGAGAAAAGGCAACUUGUAUGGAUUCGCCCUUCUGCGCAGGCGGGCCCUGCAGUUGGAAGAGCUCACGCUGGGGAAGGACACCCCUGACAAUGCUCGGACCCUCAACGAGCUGGGUGUUCUGUAUUAUCUUCAGAAUAACCUCGAAACAGCUGAGCAGUUUCUGAAGCGGUCCUUAGAGAUGCGGGAGCGAGUUCUGGGGCCCGAGCACCCCGACUGUGCCCAGUCCCUGAACAACCUGGCGGCCCUGUGCAGUGAAAAGCAGCAGUACGAGAAGGCGGAGGAGCUGUACGAGAGGGCGCUGGACAUCCGCAGGCGGGCCCUGGCACCCGACCACCCUUCCCUGGCCUACACCGUCAAGCACCUCGCCGUCCUGUAUAAGAGAAUGGGAAAACUUGACAAAGCUGUGCCUUUGUAUGAAUUGGCUGUUGAAAUUCGACAGAAAUCCUUUGGGCCAAAGCACCCUAGUGUAGCCACCGCCUUGGUGAAUUUAGCAGUCCUCCACAGCCAGAUGAAAAGACACGGCGAAGCUUUGCCAUUAUAUGAAAGAGCGUUGAAGAUCUACGAAGACAGCUUGGGUCGGAUGCAUCCUCGAGUCGGAGAAACACUGAAGAACUUGGCUGUGCUGAGCUAUGAAGAAGGGGACUUUGAGAAAGCUGCUGAGCUGUACAAACGGGCCAUGGAGAUCAAGGAAGCAGAGCCGUCGCUGCUGGCUGGGAAAGCUCCUUCGCGACACUCGGGGGACACGCUCAGCGUCAGAACGGCCCAUUCCGCUCAGGGCUUCCUGGGGCAGGGUCGGCGCUAGCAGCAGGCACGGCGGCCAUGUGCCAGC